AUGUCUCAGCCUAAUUCCCCUCAACCAGACAAUACAGACGUAAACGAAAUAGAAACAAACCGCCUCCCCAUCCGAACCUACCACUGCCGCUUCUGCAGCCACCUCCUCCUCGCAACGACAAGAGACCUGUCGAAGCUCCCACGACGAAAAAGCAAUCAAGCGGAUGAGAAUGAAAACACCGCCCACAGUACAAAUGCAAAUGCAAAUAUAAGAACAGGGAAUGAAGAAGGAGACGGGACGGGAGUAGGAGGGAUCGAUAGGGCACUCAUCCUACCUUUACCCGUUAAAUCCAAACCCAAGAAGACGAAGAAGAAGACGAGGACGCUCGAGGAUCAUGAUGGAAAUGAAAACGCACAAGACGACGUCGAUGACGAGGUCGAACGUGCUGGAGAAGACACCGACACCAAAGGCGCAAUCGACCAUACAACGAUCCUUCUAUCGACCAUCCUUCCUAAUCCCUCCCGAACCCUCAUUCGGCGGUCUGAUGGGUUUGAGAAACGGCUUUUCCUGCGCUGUGGGCGGUGUGGUGUUGCUAUGGGGUAUUUCCUGGAUCAUAUCCAUUUCCCCGAGACGGUUAAGAAGAAUGAAACGGGUACUACCGGGAGUGGAGAGGACGGAGACGAUGCGAGCGCUUCUCCAGGUGAACCCAAAGUGGUGUAUAUCCUUCCCGGGUCUUUGGUGGAGACGGAUGCUCUGGCUGAUGGGGACGAGGGGAGACUGAGCGCUCGAGAUAAAGAGUGGAGGAUGUGGAUUCGAUAG